AGCCACGCGCUCGUGCGCCCCCCUCCUCCCCCCUUUCUCUCUCUCUCCCUCUCUCUCGCCCGGUCCGCUGUUCACAUUCCCCUGAUAGAAGUACCAAGAAAAUACUCGCACAUUCAAUCGGAAAGUAUCCUCGGACAACAUGGCUUCAGGAGUCACAGUAAAUGAUGAAGUCAUCAAAGUCUUCAAUGACAUGAAGGUGCGAAAGUCCUCAACCUCGGACGAGGUAAAAAAGCGCAAAAAGGCAGUGCUGUUCUGUCUCAGUGACGACAAGAAGAAGAUUAUCGUAGAGGAGGGCAAGCAAAUCCUAGUUGGUGAUAUUGGAGAGACUGUUGAUGAUCCCUAUGCCUGCUUUGUAAAGCUCCUACCUCUUAACGACUGCAGAUAUGGCUUGUAUGAUGCCACAUACGAAACAAAAGAGUCCAAGAAAGAAGACUUGGUAUUUAUAUUUUGGGCCCCUGAGGGAGCACCAUUAAAAAGCAAGAUGAUAUAUGCUAGCUCUAAAGAUGCCAUUAAAAAGAAGUUUACAGGUAUCAAACAUGAAUGGCAAGUCAAUGGUUUAGAUGACAUUCAGGACCGCUCAACCUUGGCAGACAAAUUGGGAGGCAAUGUGGUUGUAUCUCUGGAAGGGCGACCAUUGUAAACAGAAAAGACGUGCCAUCUGGAUUCCACACGCUUUCUAUCUUAGCAGCUGUAUCUAUCUUUUGACCCCGAAGGAAUAGUUUUAAGUUCUCUAUUUUUGUUUUCAUAUGAAGGAGUUGUCGUAAAAGUAUACAAAGAAUCUACCAGUUUAUUGCCAGCUGACGUUUUUGGAGUCUGGUGUUCUGGUGUUUGUUUUUUAUGUCCCCAAGAAAGUUCUCUCAAGAGUGUUUUGCCAGAACAGCUUUGGAAAUCAUCAGUAUUUAUGUAAUAUCUAUAUUCCCUGCACAAACAUAAGGUGUCCAGCAUUUAUAUUUUUUGAUACAUACACAGAAAUAUUACAGUUUUUUUUAUUCUACUGUAACAGACAUGUGAGAAUGCUUUCUGUCAGUGCUUUUGCAGGGAUGCAUUAACCAAUAGCAAGCACUUUGCACUCCUGAGUUUUCAACUAUUUAUUUGAACCGUUCUACCUAAUCUGGCUCAUUAGACAUUGUGUCCCUUUAUCGCUCGCAGCUCGUUUGACAUGGCAAGCACAUUUACUACUAUGCAGAUUUGAUAGCACUUUUUGUUUAUACACUACAAGUUGAGACAAAACUGUCAAGGGGACUAUGGAAUCUCUGUGUUUGUCAUCGGAUGGAAGUUACCACACUUUUCAUUCCUGUAAAUGCAUAUGGACAAAGACAGAUUAAUAUUAACUGUUCCAUUGCAGCCUUACUUUCAUUCAAAUGUACAGUUCACCACUGAAAAAGAAGGGGUGCUGUUUGGUUAUUGUUUUUUUAACACUAAAAAGAAUGCAAAAUAUCUGUAAAGAUGGCAAUAUCUGUAAUUGCAGCCUUAAAUGGAACAUUGUUUUUUGAGACCUGGUGAAGUUGCCACUUUGCAAUAAAACCUUGUGGCAUACCA